UGAAAAUAAAUAAACUCUUAUGAACCGUGCUUAAUUUAUGCUCAUGAUCGGAAAUGGUGUUACCGUGUUUAACAAAUAUCGAUUUCAGACCGGGCGAUAACUCGAUAACUUUUUGUGGAUAUUUUGAUUUUGCUGAAAUUUUUAUUUUAUUCUGGAAAUGAGCAAAUUUUAACUAGAAUGCAGCGAGAUAAGGACUCAUCCGGCUCUUAUGCCCGCAAGGGCAACCGUCCGCCUGGUCUCAGGGGCAAGGAAAUCGGAAUGUACUACCGCAAUCUCACACGGCAGCGUAAAAACGAGCGUGGCGAGGAAGGAAAACCAUUGGAACCCAAAAUCCAGCUGUCAGUCAGCGUGCCCGGUGGGGUUCUCGAGCGCGUUAAAGAGUGUAUGGAGGAAUAUAACCAAACACCGGCCAAAGAAAACUCAGAUGUGGAUGCACAGUUCAAGCGGCAGUUCCGCCAUCUACUGAGCGUCAAGUUCGAAGAAUUCGUGGCGGAGACCAAGGAGAGGAACGCGGACGUUAGAUACACGAAUCCCAAACUGGACGAGAAGCUGCGGCAGGAGCUGGAACAGCGCCUGCAGGAUGACGUGGCCAGGAAGAGGCUUCAAGCUCGCCAAAAACUGCCAACGAUGAGAUACGCCAAUGACAUCGUUCAGGCCGUAAAAAAUAACCAAGUUGUUCUUAUUGUAGGAAGCACUGGCUGUGGCAAAACUACACAAGUACCUCAGAUCCUUCUCGAUGACGCUAUAUCUCGGGGCAGUGGAUCAGAAUGCCGGAUAAUUUGCACCCAACCGCGCAGGAUUUCAGCCAUAACCAUUGCCGAGCGGGUCAGCUACGAGCGCUGCGAGAGCCUCGGUUCCUCUGUAGGCUAUCAGAUUCGCCUGGAGAGCAGAAAGCCGCGCGAUAGGGCCUCCAUUACCUACUGCACCACCGGAGUGCUUCUGCAGCAGCUCCAAUCGGAUCCACUGAUGCACAAUCUGAGUGUCCUUAUCCUGGACGAGAUACACGAACGCAGCGUUGAAACGGAUUUGCUCAUGGGCUUGCUGAAGGUAAUCCUACCGCACCGGCCCGAUCUGAAGGUGAUCCUUAUGAGCGCCACUGUGCGGGAGCAUGAUUUUUGCGAUUACUUUGGCAAUUGUCCAAUGUUCCGCAUUGAGGGCGUGAUGUUUCCCGUGCAGAUGCUAUACCUGGAGGAUGUUCUGGCCAUGACGAACUACUGCUUUGGCAAGUCUCGAGAACGUCGUCCGAAGCGCAAUCGUCCCGACCAAAAGAUCCAGCAUGAGGCGAUGAUAGAACCUUAUUUAAGACGGAUCAGGAACACAUACGACAGUCGGGUCCUGGAGAAGCUACGCCUGCCAGAGUCGGAAGGCUGCGAGGAAAUGGAUUUUAUUGCCGAUCUGGUGUACUACAUUUGUGAAAACGAGCCGGAGGGUGCUAUCUUGGUGUUCCUGCCGGGCUACGAUAAAAUCUCACAGCUGUACAAUCUGCUGGAGAGGCCGAAGUCUCCCAAAGGCCAGAGGUGGCGCGACAAUCUGGUGGUCUUUCCGCUACAUUCCCUCAUGCAGUCGGCGGAGCAGCAGGCCGUGUUCCGGCAUCCGCCGUCAGGCAAGCGAAAGGUCAUCAUAUCCACUAUCAUCGCAGAGACUUCAGUGACUAUUGACGAUGUGGUUUAUGUUAUCAACUCUGGACGGACAAAGUCUACCAACUACGAUAUAGAGACCAACAUACAGACCCUGGAGGAGGUGUGGGUGACCAAGGCAAAUACGCAGCAGCGAAAGGGAAGAGCCGGUCGUGUGAGACCAGGGAUCUGUUACAAUCUGUUUAGCCGCGCCAGGGAAGAUCGAAUGGAGGAGAUUCCAACGCCGGAGAUUCUGCGGUCAAAGCUGGAAUCAAUCAUUUUGAGUUUGAAGCUGCUGCACAUCGAUGAUCCAUAUCGCUUUCUGCAAACCCUGAUUAAUGCCCCUAAUCCUGAGGCAAUUAGGAUUGGAGUGACUUUAUUGAUGCGGAUUGAGGCUCUGGACAGUUCAGGCACCCUAACCCCACUGGGCAUGCACUUGGCCAAGCUGCCCAUUGAACCGCAGAUGGGUAAAAUGAUCCUAAUGUCGGCUCUCUUCUGUUGCUUGGAUCCAGUUACCUCAGCGGCGGCUGCUUUGUCUUUUAAAUCACCCUUCUAUGCUCCCUUGGGAAAGGAGAGCCAGGUCGAUGAGAUCAAGCGAAAAAUGGCUCGCAAUAUGCGAAGUGACCACCUCUUGGUGCACAACACCAUCCAGGCCUACCGAGAGAGUCGUCAGGUGCAUGCGGAACGCGACUUCUGCUACAAGAACUUCCUCAGCUCAAUGACGCUGCAGCAGCUGGAACGGAUGAAGAAUCAGUUCAGUGAGCUGCUCUACAACUACAAGUUUCUCACUUCCUCCGAUUGCAAAGACAGCAUAUCCAACAUAAAUUCGAGCAAGAUCCCUUUGCUGAGAGCCAUUAUCGGAGCGGGUCUCUACCCCAACAUGGCGCAUUUGCGAAAAUCUCGUCAGAUCCGGAAUAGAGUACGGGCGAUUCAUUCAAUGGCCACAGAUGAUGGCCGCCGUGUCAAUUUCCAUCCUUCGUCCGUGAACAGCGGUGAGAGUGGCUUCGAUUCGGGAUACUUCGUAUACUACCAACGGCAGAAGUCCACCGAUCUAUAUUUGCUUGACUCCACAAUGGUAUUUCCCAUGGCCCUAAUCAUCUUUGGCGAUGGAGUGGAGGCCGGCGUGACACAAAAUACGGCAUAUCUUUGCGUGGCCAAAACAUAUUACUUUAAAUGCAAUCAGGAGACGGCCGACGUUGUUUUGGAACUGCGUAGUCAUCUGGAAAAGCUGUUGCUUAAGAAAGCCUUGUAUCCGGCUCCCAUCGAAGAAAACGGCAAUGAAAGGCAGUUGAUCAAAGCCAUUGAACUGCUGCUCUCGCUGGAUGAAAGACUCGGCGAGGAUUGCAUUUCGUCCGAUGAAAUAGAUAACAUCUAAACUGCCUGGUUUACAUAGUUUAUUGUAUAGCUCUCGGUAAAAUCCACUUUGUGGAUAUUUAGUAAUAAAUUAUAGGCGAAAACUAGUCA